AUGUCGAAUGGUCAAGUGGAACGAUUUAAUUCAACCUUUUGUGAUCAACUCAAGAAAUAUUAUCAUGAUAACGUCAAUGAUUGGGAUAUUUAUGUGCAAUCCAUUGUAUGGGCAUAUAAUUCGAGUAUUCACUCUGUAACUGAUUUUAUCCCAUAUGAAUUAACAUUUAAUCGUCGAUUCAUAUCACCGUUUGAAUUUCCAUCAUCACAAAUUGUAAUGUUAAAACCACACGAUUAUUGGGAAAAAGCAAACAAAUUCAAGCAAGUGACCAUUCAUGCAGCUCAAUUCAAUAUUGUUAGGGUUCUCUCCCCUACUCCAACUUUAUUAUUCCCUUUUUAA